GUUUGUAUUUUUGUGCCCCCCGCCCCCAAAAGACCCCGCACUUGGUGAACCUCAACGAGGACCCGCUGAUGUCCGAGUGCCUGCUGUACCACAUCAAGGACGGCGUGACCAGGGUGGGCCAGGUGGAUGUGGACAUCAAGCUGUCGGGGCCGUUCAUCCGGGAGCAGCACUGCGUGUUCCGCAGCCGCCCCGACCCCUCGGGGGAAGUUGUGGUGACGCUGGAGCCGUGCGAGGGGGCUGAGACCUACGUCAACGGGAAGCAGGUGACGGAGCCGGUGGUGCUCAAGUCGGGUAGGGACCCCCAAAACCCCCCCCAGAUCCCUGUGGCUCUCCCUUGA